AUGGAUACAUGCGCGGCCAUAAGCAUAGUGGUGCCCGAUCUCACUCUUGCAGAAGGUAGGGAAAUUCAAUGCUCUAGUCAAGGCCUUUUAGCAGUCUCACUUGAAUUCUCCCUCUCUUUGAUCCACCUUCCCGAGCAGGGAAGAGAACGCAAAUGCUUCUCCUCCAUCAUCUCCUUCAAAUACUUGUAUGCAUUAUUCCAAUCAGAUAUGCGCCUAGUCACCUACUUUGGGAUCCAACUAUCUCGGACCUCGGUUGGUGUGGAUAAUCUUCAAGAAAGAAUAUUCGAGAAGUCGGUUUUUGUCUUUAGUGUGAGGUCGGUUUGCCUCCAUAAGAAGUUGAGUAAAAGAGAAGAGCGGAACUACAACAAGGAAAAGGAAGAGUUUCGGGUCGCAUUCAAAACAAGGACCGAUCUAGAGUUCUUGGAUGAUGGGUUUAAAUGGAAAAAAUAUGGGAAAAAGAAGGUGAAGAGCAGCCCCAACCCUAGCUUCAUGUUUGAUCGAAUAUGGAAGCAUAAUGUUAUUAGUCGAGUGCUCAACGAGCCGCUUAGAACUUUAAUCGAGGUAGUAUCUGUUGUCGCAGUGGGAUCUGGCGUCGGACUCUGGUCGAACAGGGUGACGACGAGUAGUAUACGGUGGUCAGUGGCGGAGCUGACGGAGGAGGUAGGCCCUAGUCACCGGUCGCUUCUCUUCGGCCGAUUCUAUGUUGGUCUGGUCCUCUGCUCCCCCCAAAGAGGAUGUUCCUCUACUCGCAAAGACGUUGGAGGAGUUGACCUUGUAGACUGUGUCGUUGUUGCCGUGGUCGUGGACCUGGAGCCUCUUGGCGGCGGAGAUGGGGGAGGGGGUAGCGGGAGGUGGGAGAAGGAGCUGAAAACGAGGGUGUCGAUCGGAGGAGUCGAGGAAGAGGAGGCGGAGGCAGAGGCGGAGACGCAAGUUGACGGGGCGGCGGUUGCCGACGACGGGCAUGGGCGGCGCGAGUGGCCGCAGUUUUCGGCUUUGAGUUUCUGGUUUGUUGCUUUGUUGGAUCUCUGUGUUGUUGGGAGUGACUUGUGUGUCGACUCAGGUGGUCGUGCGUUAUGUCUGCUAGAUCAGGGCUCCCUGGAACGGUGCAGAGACCUGCGGCUGCAACUAAGGGCGACCUUGCAACCCGCAGCGACGGGACCAGGGAGCGACGCGGUUACUAGACCCUCGACGAUUCAAGGAUUCGGCCCCGCGGCGGCGACCCCACGGGUUCGGCCACAUUCCUCAUCGCCUCUCAAUUGGAAAAAUCGAACCCUAAUUCCACCGGAUAAAGGAGAACUAAAACACAUUAUAUACAAAAGUUGUCGGUCAGGUUUGGCCACAGCACCAGAUCCAGGCAUCGGGUUGUCACACGUGGCUUGGCCACCCUCGACGAAAUCUGCCAGCCCACUUGUCUUCCUCUCCACCGAUGGUCAUCUCCCGUCAGCGACGGAUCCAAGAAACUUGUUGGGCGAGAGCGAUUGUUCAGAAGAGAUAACAGUUGUUUGUGGUGAAGAUGGUGGUGGUGGUCAAUGGUGGUGGCAGUCCGAAGCCAUGACGGGUAAGGGUCGGAAAACAUCCCCGUUUUACUGGGGAGAUAAUAUUCUGUUUCGGGAAGAGGAGACAAUGUUCUGGAGAGAAAGGGAAAGGGAGAGUAAGGAGCAGCAGAAUGGCGGGCCUCCGGUCGGACAGGUCUGCAAGGACAUGAAAGUGAUUUUAGCUUGCUUUCUGUUCUCCCAUGUACUAGGCCAGUUGGCAUCAGAAAGCUGUGACCAUAUUUUUUCCCUAUUUCGAUCAGUGGUAUUAAUGGCGGAUGGCGGUGUGGGAAAAACUUCUCUUGUUCAUCUGAUUAUGAAAGGUUCUUCCAUUGCACGUCCUCCUCAAACUGUUGGUUGUGCUGUUGAUGUCAAGCAUACAACCUAUGGAAACUCUGGUAGCUCAUCCAGUAGCAUCAGAGGUGACUCGGAGAGAGAUUUUUUUGUUGAACUCUGGGACAUUUCGGGGCAUGAACGUUAUAAAGAUUGCCGUUCUCUGUUCUAUUCCCAAAUUAAUGGCGUUAUGUUUGUUCACGAUCUUUCUCAAAGAAGGACAAAGACAAGCUUGCAGAAGUGGGCUGCUGAGAUUGCAGCAACCGGGACGUUCUCAGCUCCUUUAGCUAAUGGGGGCCCAGGUGGGCUUCCUGUUCCCUAUAUUGUUAUCGGUAACAAAGCAGAUAUUGCGUCGAAAGAGGGCACACGAGGAAGUAGUGGCAAUCUUGUAGAUGUGGCUCGGCAAUGGGUUGAGAAACAAGGAUUACUUCCGUCAAGUGAAGAAAUUCCUUUAACCGAGAGUUUCCCAAGUGGUGGAGGCCUUCUAGCAGUAAGUUUAGGUUUAGAGUAUAAGGCACACAGUUACUGGCAUAUUGAUGAUUUGACCUGCAUCCUCCGAUUCUAUGUUGCCAACUGCAAGUUUAUGAAUUUUAAGCUGAAAGGCCUUAUAUUAGUGAACUUUAAGCGAAACAGCAUUCUAUAUCUGUAUCCUGUGGUUUUAUUAUUGAAUGAAUAUUUGCUCUCAAUCCAGGCAGCCAAGGAAGCCCGUUACGACAAGGAAGCAGUGAUGAAAUUCUUCCGUAUGUUAAUCAGGAGGAGAUACUUCUCAGAUGACUUGCCUGGUGCAGGCCCAUGGUCUGCUCACGUAAAUCGGCCAUUGACACAAUCAAGUGAAAUCACGAGUGAUGACGACCACCUGUAUAAAAGUUCAAGUGCAUUUUCACCACUAGGGUCGAAUACCGAGAGACUCGUCGCUGGGGUCGGACACCGAAAGCCGAACGACCAAUCAGGCCCGCCAAAUCCGCAGCCCAUGGCGGGGAGGGUUGGGCAAGCAUUUUUCAGGCCCGCCAGCCAGUCCGCCCCGCCCCGCCUCGCCAUUUGGCGGGCUUUGGUGGGGUACGGGCCGGCCCGCCCCACCAGCCCGUUUUGA